GUCGUGGAAAACGUGAGUGGUUGACCUAUUCCCGCGUUUCUCUUCGGUUUGAAGUCGAAACAUAAGCUUGGACUAACACCCUGAUAUAGCUCCUUAUAAAGGCAGAAGAGGGAAGGCCAGCCGAGAAGUUGUUCGUAAAGUGCGUGCAGAGGAUGGCAUUGCUCGGGACGCCCUUCUACCUCGAUGCAGCUCUCUGGGCCAAAACAGGGGACAGGUUCUAUCGGCUUACUGGAGGGGGCCCUGGUGGCUCGUUGGAAGAUGAUCUCGCCAAGUCGGAGAAGUUGACGGAAACCUCCAAAGGUUUCAAGGCGUUACUAGGGAAGGGCUCCCUCGAACUUGUCGCGUUCUACGAGGGGAAAGCUAGCACCGUCUCGGGCGGGGCGCAGGAAAUGAUCAGAGGCCUGACUGCUGUCAAAGUCCCCGGGGCGCCCAACCCUACCCGUCUUGCUAUCACCCACCAGGGCAUGGCCAGGGCGGUGACGGCGGAUGAUGACCAUUUCCGGCGAAUCUCGCGGGUUUUGGUAGAAUGGGUUGACGAGCUAGCUGAGGAAAGGAACGAAGAGAAAGGGGCAAACCAGGUUGCCAAAUUUGAAGGAGACAACAUUGGGGGAUUCCAGCUCGGGUUCAAUCCGGGAACCAUCAACGGUGUCACCCUCGGCGGCUCUGGGGGCAGUAAAGGCGCGAGGGGAGAGUGA